AUGGAAGAACAUACAGAAACCCCAGAUAACUCCACUAUGGAAUCGUUAGAAUCCCGUUUGGAAUGUUUGGGGAUCGAACCAUAUCGUCAUGAGGGAUCGUCGUCGUAUAUCGAAAACCAUUAUGAAUCUACUGGUCUAGUGGAGACUGAUCUUGAAAAGCCUCAACCAAUAUCUCCUCUAGCACAAGAGUCUUGUGAUUUGAUGGAUGAAUUCUCUACUGAUGAGGUAUUUGCGAGUCGUGAAGAGGUUAUUAAAUGGUGUCACGACAAGGAAACAGAGACAAAAACAGUAGUUAUUAUUAGGAAGUCCAAGAAAAAAUCAAAAAUACAGGGCUCUUUCAUUGUAAUGGCGUGUGAAAGAUUUGGGGAGUAUAAAAGUGUUAACAGAAGUGUUGAAAAAAGUAGGUUAAAUCCUGCUGAAAAAGAUUUGUGCAUUUCUUUUUCCGUUGGUGGAGUGAAGCCCGCUUUAAUUCUAUCUACGCUAAAGAGACAAAAUAAGAAAAAUGUUUCAACAGCACGAACAAUAUACAAUGCCAAGUCCAAAUUCAGGACGAAAGUAAUGGAAGGGCGAACAAAGAUGCAAAAAUUGUUGCAAUUGUUAGACGAACAUCAUUAUGUGACAUCUAACCGGAGAGAAGACAGCUUGGGAAGAGUUUUGGAGUUGUUUUGGUCACAUCCAGAUGGUUCAAGGCUUGCACAAUGUUUCCCCACGAUUUUGUUACUAGAUUGUACUUACAAAACGAAUCGAUGGGGUAUGUCGUUGUUUCAUGCUGUGGGUGUGACAUCUACCACACAAAGUUUCACUAUUGCGUAUUGUUUUAUGAGAAGACGGAGAAUUAUAUUUGGGCUCUAG